AUGACAUGUCCAUGUGGUCAUUAUGAUUAUGUGGAUUCAACACCAAAUACAUUGGAUGAUGAUAUGACAUAUCAUCGAAAACAUGGCAAUCGAAUUCUACAUGAAAAAUUGACAGGUAGUCCUCUUUUUCAAGGAGAUGGCAUUGAUCCUCACGAACCAGAGAAAGAAUUAUUAAAUAAGAUGCGUCUUUAUCAACAUUCAGCACGAUGUCCAGUAGCACUUCGUUCCUUUCUCGAAUGUAAUCCAAAGUAUUGGUGUUUUGUCCCUCUACAUCGUGACGACGCAUUAGCAGACAAUGCUGCUUAUCAUAACAGAAAUUCAACGAUCGAUUCUGAAUUAGUUGAUAGAAUGGGAAUGACUCCAAUAGAUAGUCGUCGAGUCGAUCAUUAUUUACAACACGUACCGAAGUCACCGGUUGCCUAUGCGUUUUCUUAUGGACAAGUACAAAAGCAGCGUAUAUUUUUCGAAAAUUUUGUAUCGUCUCACAUUCAUCAACUACCGUACCACACAAUAGAUUUAUAUAAAAUGGCGAUUAUUGCUGUUCGUAAGUAA